AGUGCCAAGUGGGGGCACUGCCAUAAAUCUCGUUCGAAGAAUACCAACAAAGAAGAAUUAACAGUUCCGGUGGCGCCAAAAGCAAAAAUAACAACAGGUCAAAGGGAGUAUUGAAUAAGUAUUUUUCAGCAUUUAUGUAGCUACUAACAAACACUUUGAGCCCGGAAAAUGGAUCCUAAGACGCAGUUUUUUGCCGAGCUGAAGAAGUUGGCCGUGACCCUCGAAUCGGAGACGGACCGACUUCGCCGUUCUUUUGACGGCCGACACCACCGCGAUGACAGCGAAGUGGCGGCGAGAGGCAUGCGGGCUUAUUACGACUUGAAGUGCGACGUGUCGGCCUUGAAGGGCCAGAUGCAAGAGGUGCUGAGCAAGCAGAAAACACAGGAGAAGGAGGUGAACACUUUCAUCCACGCCUGCAGGGCCGUGCAGCACAAGGUCACCCAGGACAUCCAGACACUGAAGGGACACUUUGAAAAGUACGGCUAUCAAGGUCCCUCGAACAGCCUAGGACCCAACAAAGUUGAGGAAGAAGAAGAGUCUGCAGCAGAAAACCAUGAGGAGACGGAAACAAGCGCUGGGUCAGAUUCUCCUCAGGCGGCAGCACCGCCCACCUUCACCAACCCCAUGCGAACCCCCCGUCUCUCUGACUUCGGUCUGUCUGAGAGGCAGCUGAGGAAGAACAUGGGGGCGCCGGAGUGGUGCGCCAAGGUGCCCGCCAUGCCCGAGAUGAGCCUCCCUCAGCCCGCGCUCCACACGCCCAUCCCGCCGCCGCUGCCCCUCACCCCUAAAUGUGCUCUGCGCAUGGACGAGGACGACAUGCGGACGCCUCAGAUGAUGGACUUUGGCCUCUUUGAGCACACCGCGUGUCUGAACAAUGACUUCACCAUGGAUUUGUUCCGAAAGAACGGCAGCUACCCGAAAGAACCAGCACAGGACCUCCUAGUGCCUCCAGACAGCCGUGUGACUGAGGAUCUGCAAAAAGAAGCACCAGAUAACUGGGAGUCCCCGGAGCCGCCCGUGUUUUGCACGCCGGGAUUCAAAAUACAGAAAGCAAACGGCCAUAGCUCCCCACCGCCGCGAGAGGGUUCUGAAUCCCCGAGUCCACCCAGCAAUCAGCCCUCCACGCCUGAGCUCCCGGCCUUCAAAACUCCCUACAUGAACCGUCUGGUCAGUAGUGUCGUCACGCCGAGUGACGGCAAGCACACCUUCUACCUUCCCACGCCGUGCCGCCAAGGCUCAGGCGCAGCCAUGUGGGACUACGACGUGCCAGAGUCGUGUGUCCUGGGCGGCGAGGACAAACCGAUGCUGCCCGUUCCCAAUCUGGAGUCCACUUUGGGAAACAUGUUACAAAGUGGGGGUAAAAAAUUGCCGUUUGACCGAAAGUCUCCGGAGCCGGAUGUCCUCAGCAUGGACAUGGACAUGGACGGAGGGGCCACGCAGGAGUUCUCUUUGGGCACCCCCCGCACCAGAACGGACCUCUAUGAGGCCGGCACCCCGGAGAUGCCCGACCUCAGCUCGGUCACACAGGACAUCUGUAAACUGGUCAAGCAGACUCAAACAAAGAAGGUGACAACUGCGGUUGUCAAUCCCCAGAAAAGAGCCGUACACAACAGAAGAUGUGUGACUGCGGUCUCUGAGCAGGAGUUUCACAGUUUACCGAGCUUCCUGAGGCAGAUGACGCUGGACAACCUCAACAAGGCGGUCCACAACAUGAACAAGUACUUAGCAGAAUUUCCAGGAGACAAUGUAAGUUUUCAGAUGGAAGAGCUGAAGAAGAUGACCAGAGUUGGCAUCAAGGCCCCCGUCUUCAUCCUCUGCUUGAGCGAGCUGAAGAGGCUUGAGUCUGUUGGAGGUGCCGGAAACACGGCCGUCUAUAAACUGAGAUUGCACAGCUGAGUGUGGUAUCCAUAGUAACACAUGGCCAAAUAGCACACACAACGACAGAUUCAUCCCCUAUUACCCUUAUUUGCACUUUGCUGGGUUCGUUUGGUGUCCUGUAUAUAAUAAAAGGUGUGCAUAUUUCCUUAUCAAAUUGCCAUCUAUUGAAUAUGUUUUAACGAGUCUACUGCACAAUGUCAAUUGGUAACAGAAAAACAACAAUGUAAUGUCAUGUCGGGGCUCAACUUGUCCACUACAGAGACCCAUAUAAAUAUUAAUAGUCCUACUCUUGAUUUUAAUCGUACCCACUUAAACAUUGUCAAACCAUAUGGAACCAUGUGUUAAUCACAAAGAAUAUUAUUUAUUUGAAGGGCACCUGUUCUGCAAAACCAACUCUUCUUACAUAUUGGUACCUGUUUUUGUGUAUUUGGAAUCUACAUAAGUCAAAUCAAGCCAUGCGAUACAUUUGGAAUUUGCCCCAAGUGUGAAGUUUUUUUCCUGGUGUGAUGUCAGUAGAUUAUCCAUAUAUGGUAGCGAUUUACCCAGAGUGCUUUGCGCGAGUCUGCCAUUGUAGUCUGUGCUGUAAUUAAUGAGCUCCUUAUUUUUCUCUAUCCUCUUGUUGUGGGGCACUCUCUGUAAGUCAGGGGUGUCAAACUAGUUUUCAUUGAGGGCCACAUCGCAGUUAUGGCAGCCAUCA